GGUUUUGGUCCGUUUGCAAAGCUGUCCGUAGUGAAACAAGUACGGCUCAGCUGUAUGCCAAACCGACCCUUACAUUAGUUUAGGGUGAAUGUGGAAUAAGUUUCCAAAUUCACUUUAUCUGCUUGAGUUUUAUUCGGCAACGUUAAAUGAACCAACAUUACUAGCGUUGUUUAACCUGAAUACAAGUAACUGACUAGUCUACCAACGGUUACGUUCCGGGUCGAUCUAUGAACGAGGGUGCAACUCUCUCUCUCUCUCUCUUACUAACUAGAACAAGCUGUUGUUGACCGAUUUAAACAUGGAAGCGUUUGUAAAAUUCACAAGCCAAAGUCAAGGAAGGGACCGUAUAUUCAGGGCAACCCAAUAUACAUGUGCACUGUCGAUAUAUUUACUUCGAAACAACUCCGAAAGAAUUAACCUUGUCUCGAAGCUUAAAAGUCUUGAGACCAACAUGAGCGCUGGACGAAAAUUGUUCAGGCUGGGAAACACAGUAAAUUCCAUUGAGGCUGCUAAGCGAACCAUGCAACUCUCUGACCGAGUGCUGUGCCUCUGCCUUACUGCUGCCAACAUGAACCGCGCUCUCUACUUUAUCUGUGACAAUGUACUUUGGGCCAGAAAUGUCGGUCUUAUCCGCAAUAUCGACAAGGAACGCUGGAGCCUGAAUUCCUCUCGCUGCUACUUUCUCUCGCUAGUUAUGAGUCUGACCAGAGAUGUUUAUGUUGUCCUCCAGUUAAUGACACAGAGAGCAAGAGAUAAACACUUCAGACAGAAAAUGGAGCUGCAGCUCAAUGAGAGUCCUGAAAUAGCUGAAGUCGUCGUUCCUCCCCUAGAUGCGUUUCUCUUUCUGCUCUUAGAGAGCCUAAAGUUGCACCCUGCUGUUGCCUUGGACACGUUGAAAAAUAUAUGUGAUCUCUUCAUUCCCCUAGACAGGAUGGGUAUAUACAAGUCAAAUGCAGGAGUGGUGGGAUUUUGUGGUUUGGUAUCCUCAUUGAUUGGGAUUGUAACCCUUGCACAGCCCAAGUUAGGACUCAAGCCGUGAUAACAAGGGUGGAGAUAAAACCUCACUGACUAAUUGCAGAUAAGAAAUUAUCAUGAAGGGUUUUUAAAAGGAUUUAGUGUCAUCUACCUGGAGCUGUAAUGGUGGACCGAGGUCAAUGUCUAUCACAGGCACAUUUUGUAGCAGGUGUUUGAAUGGCAUUUGUUUGACACCAAACUCAGGCCAGCAAUAAUUGAAGGGACCGAAUUUGAUAGUUUUUUAACACAUUUUUGAUUAAUUGAUCAAACAAAUUACAUUAUAUUUUUGAAAAUCAAACUAACAAUUAAUUAGAGAGAAUUAACUUGAAACACUGGUUUAAAACUAAGCAAAUUAAGUUUACAUAGUAGCCUGUUUAUAAUUCAUAAUUAAAUAACUGGACUGGUGCAUUCCUGUCUUCUCCAACACCACAUAACAGCAGUUUUAUAACUACGAAGUGCUUCUUAUUGAUACAAGCUUUUGUACCUAUCUGAGAAAACAGUAAGAUCUUAACCUGAGUAGGGUUGCCACUUUAAGUUCACUGCCUGUCUCGGCUCUCUGUUUUGUGAUUUGAUGCUGCUAAAUGUUUGAUCUCUAUGAUUCAAUUGAUCAGUUGAACUGCUUCUCAACCAGAAGUGCCUCCAGAGGUAAAAAAGCAGCUG